AUUAUAUCAGACACUGGACUACCUGGGCGCUCCCCGUUUCGCGUACCACCGGUUGCAUCUACCUUGCAUCGUAUUCCCGGUGACAGAAGCCAGGCGGAGGCAAGGUCAAGACCAGGACACAUAUACGUAUGAACUCAAAUCGGACGGGCUUCGCAACCUGCAGAUCACCACAAAAGACAGGUUCACCCCGUUCUCGCCGACUAGACCGCCUCCCUCGUGGCAGACAAUUUUACUCGUUCGUCCAUGGAGUCACGAUCUCCUCGGGCUGCGUGACACUGCGGACGAUACGCAGAGCGUGGACAAUUUGUCCGUGUCCGAAUCUUUGUGGCACGAUUCACUUCCAGCGCGAACUGGCCCGAUUUAUUGGGAUCCUCACUCGCGAGCAUUGCGAUUGAUUGUUCGCCUUGGACAGCCUUUCAGUGCAUUUUUGCUAGCGCGGCAGCGAGACGGAGAAUUCAAGAGGAUCGCAUCGGAGCAUGAUAUCAUUGCACAGGUUAAAGGCAUGGCUUCCAUUAGCUACUUGAUGGACAUCAGGACACUAGAGGUACUGUAGCUGCAUGCACCAUGGGAAGCAUUUAUCAUGAAGCCACCUCCCAAGAGAUUGAUGACCCGAGCAAACUACCCGUAAUUGUGGUUGAUGAGAUCGAGCAUGGUACGAGAGAGACCAGUGAUGACAUUGUUUAUUGCGAACUGUAUGGCAUGAUACGGAGGUGAAUCGAUGGCGAAGUAGCUGAGCCCGACCUCACUACCA